AUAUGAAUGUGUAUAAUACAUGAGAUAUGAGGGUCAAGCUGACAUGUUUCUUCAUCUGCCCACAGGAGAUAAGACAAUUAUGCUCGUUUCUUUUAGAUCUGAAGAAGGCUUCUGCGGAGGAAAUGCGCAGGAGUGUUUACAUUAACUAUACAGCUUUCAUUCGCACAUCUAAGGAGAUAUCAGAUCUGGAGGGCGAGCUUCUGUCUAUCAGAAAUCUUCUUUCCACUCAAGCUGCUCUAAUCCAUGGUUUAGCUGAAGGAGUUAACAUUGAUUCAUUGUCUACCACUGUUCCUGAAGGUUCCAAAGCUCAUGGUGUAUCUUCUUAUGAAGAUAAUGAACCUUCUGACAUAGAGAAAUGGUCUGCAGAAUUCCCUGAUCUCCUUGAUGUUUUGUUAGCUGAGAGCAGAGUGGAUGAAGCUUUGGAUGCCCUUGAUGAAGGGGAAAGGGUAGCUGCAGAAGCGAAAGAAAAGAAAACAUUGAGUCCAGCAGUGCUUAAAUCUCUACAAACUACUAUCACUGAAUGGAAAAAAAAAUUAGCCGAUCAGCUGCUGCUGGAGGUUUAAGAGCUGCUGCAGAAUGUGUUCAAAUAGCCUUGGGUCUAGAAGGGGUAUGUUAUUAUUUUUAUGUUAUAGUAAAAUUCCAGCACAGCUACUGAAAGUUAGGAUUUACUCUAGUUGACCCCCCUUGGACCCUGCAGAAGUGCGAUUUAUACCAGAUUAUCAUGCUUUUAAGUUUCAUGUUGCCAUUGUUUCUCUGUUUCCAAUCAUUGGUUUUUUGUAACUUAUAAAAUCCAAUAUAUUAGUUGUUUAACAUCGAACA